GCUCUGGCAGAGUCUAUGAACCACCACAAGCGUGCAGCAGCAGAUGGGGAGACCCGGGAGGAGUGCCUGCUGCAGGAAACUGCCAGCAAGGAGGCUGCCAUGGCAACCAGCAUGGCUGAGCUUCAGGCCGAGUUACGGCAGGCGCGUAUCACUCUGGGCAACGCUCACGCAGAGAUCGACCGUCUGGCUGGCCUCUCCUCCCAGCUAAAGAAGGAGUGUGAGUGUUGGGAGGCGGAGAAGGGCCACAUGAGGAAUGAGAUGAAGGAGUAUAAGGUGCGGGAGCUCCGGCAGCUCCAGGACAACAGUGAGCUGGAGGAGGAGAACACCUGUCUGCAGAAACAGGUGUCUGUACUCAAGCAGAACCAGGUCAGAGUCUCUCCCUUCUCACCACUCACCUCACUGAUAAUCAACCAUAGAAAUAGAAUGAAUAGAAAGGGUGUCUCCAUUCAAGUCAAUUUUAUUUAAAUGAACCUUUUAUUUUAUCAGGGUGUCACACUGAGACCAAGGUCUCUUUUACAGAUGAGCCCUGAACUACAGAAAAUACACACAUCAAAUACAGAAUGCAAUCAGAAAGAUGGCAUAAUGGGUAAUGAUAGACACUUAAGUGUACAAAAUUUUUGGAACAGCAUCCCAAUAUUGAGUUGCACCCCCUUUUGCCCUCAGAACAGCCAUGCCCCAAUUGUUUGGGGCAUGGACUCUACAAGUUUACAAGAUGUCGAAAGCGUUCCACAGGGAUGCUGGCCCAGGUUGACUCCAAUGCUUCCCACAGUUGUCAAGUUGGCUGGAUGUCCUUUGGGUGGUGGAACCUUAUUGAUACAUGGGAAACUGUUGAGCAUGAAAAACCCAGCAGCGUUGCAGUUCUUGACAAACCGGUGCGCCUGGCAACAACUACCAUACCCCGUUUAAAGGCACUUAAAUCUUUUGUCUUGUCCAUUCACCCUCUGAAUAGCACACAUACACAAUCCAUGUCUCAAUUGUCUCGAGGCUUAAAAGUCCUUCUUUAACCUGUCUCCUCCCCUUCAUCUACACUGAUUGAAGUGGAUUUUAAAGGUGACAUAAAUAAGGGAUCAUAGUUUUCACCUGGUCAGUCUAUGUUAUGGGAAGAGAAGGUGUUCCUAAUGAUAUGUACGCUCUGUGUCCACCUAAUUUUUAAAACUCUUUUAAACGACUAAAGCCAAACGUGGAAACUAUAGAUAUAACUUCCUCCGCGCUUGCGCAUUAUCAUAAUUCAUAUGUGCCUCACUAGAAAUCCUUGCAUUAGCAUUUCUGUUAGCUGAUACGUCAUGACAAAAAAUACCAUAUUGACAAAAAAUACCAUAUGUCCUGUUAAUGUGCCUUGACCUUGUAGCCUAAACUGUAGAGGGGGAAAAAAACAACUGAUCCAAAUGGUUGUCCAAUCGCAGGCAGGCAAGUUAUUUCAAAAUUAAUAUGCAUUCAAAACAUCAGGCUUUUGAGAGGUUAUUCAAAUGACACGCUAUUCACUGCAGUUGACAGCGUAGACUAGAGUUUUGUACUCACUUGAAAAUAAUAAUAACAUUCUUCAUUACAUUGUCUUGUAGCCUAGAAGGAUAUAUUUCUUGUCCCUAAAAAAACUGUAACGUUAGGGUAGCUUUUCGAGCUGCGUACCUGGGAACUGUGAGGGAGUGCACUCAGCGCAGCCUCAGGAGCCCAAAGUGAAGGCUACCUAUGAUUUUGUUAUCUGAUUAACAUUCACUGUUAACUUAUUUUUCUUACACUUUGAUAUGGAAAUAUUUAGCUAAUGAAUGGCCUAAUAUCUAGCUAAUAUUUACUUCGGCUGCACAUCAGUAGGCUCUCUCUUCCAGCUGUUCCCAUGCGCAACAGGCUAUAAGCUACGCAAGCCUCUCCGUAAUAGGC